GUUCACCUCCGCCAUGGCAAUGGCAUCAUCGUCCCUCACCGUCCUGCUCAGCUUCAUCUUCCUCGCCAUUGCCGCCGCGGAGCCGGCCUCGGGGACAGCGCAGCACUUUCUGGGAGUCAAUUACGGCAGGCUUGGCGACGACCUCCCGCCCCCGCACAUCGCGCUUGAGUUCGCCCGCUCGGCCGGCGCCGCCGCGGUCAGGUUCUACGACGCCAACGCCACCUUCCUGGCCGCGGCCGCAUCCUCCGGCCUCGGCUUCGUCCCGGCCGUGCCUAACGAGCUCAUCGUCUCCCUGGCCGCCUCCCAGCGCGCCGCCGACGCGUGGGUCGCCUCCACGCUCCUCCCCUUCCGUCGCAACCGCCGCCUCCGCUACCUCUUCGUCGGCAACGAGGUGCUCUCCGACCCCACCACCAAGUCCCGCUGGUCCCGGCUCGUCCCCGCAAUCACCAACCUCCGCCGCGCGCUCCGACGACAUGGCCUCAGCCGCGUCAAGGUCAGCACCACGCUCGGGAUGGACGCUCUCGUCGGCCAGAACGUGUUCCCGCCGUCAGCCGGGGUGUUCCGCCCCGACAUCAUCGACGUCGCCGUGCGCCCGCUCCUCGCCUUCCUCGAGCGGACGGACUCGUACCUUUUCUUUGACGCGUACACCUACUUCACCUGGUCGGCGAAUCACACAAUCGUGCCGCUCACCUACGCGCUGCUCGAGCCGUCGCCGGCGCCGGGGUUCCAGUACCACGACCCCGGAACGGGGCUGUCGUACACCAACCUCCUCGACCACAUGCUUGACGCCGUGGUCGCCGCCAUGUGCCGCGCGGGCUACUGCGGCGUCAGGCUGGCGCUGGCCGAGACCGGCUGGCCCAACGCCGGCGACCUCAACGAGUUCGGCGCCAACGUGCGGAACGCGGCCACGUACAACCGCAACGUGGCGCGGCACCUGGCGUCGGGCGCCGGCACGCCGCGGCGGCCGGGGAUGCGCAUGCCGGCGCUCGUGUUCGCGCUCUUCAACGAGAACCUCAAGGGCGGCCCCGGCACAGAGCGGCACUGGGGCCUCUUCUACCCCAACGGGAGCGCGGUGUACGAGGUCGACCUGACGGGGCGCCGGCCGGCGGCGCCGUACCCUCCGCUGCCGCCGGCCACGAACGACCUGCCAUACCCCGGGAAGCUGUGGUGCGUGGCGAGGACGGACCGCCACGUGGCGGUGGCGAACGAGACGGCGGUGAGGGAGCAGGUGGCGACGGCGUGCGCGGACGAGGCCGGGCUGUGCAACCCCGUGCGGCCCGGCGGCGAGUGCCACCUGCCGGACACGGUGGCCGCGCACGCGAGCUACGUGUUCAGCGCGCACUGGAACAGGUUCAGCAAGCAGUACGGCGGGUGGUGCUACUUCGCUGGCCUCGCCGUGGAGACGACCGUCGAUCCCAGUCAUGGAUCGUGUAAAUUUCCCAGCGUUACACCAGGCUGAAGAAGUGAAGAUGCUGGUGGCGUUCCCUCCGGUCUAAAACACACCAAUGAUUGAAUAGUGAACGCUUGUACCUCCCGCUAUAUGUGUCUUGCUGCAGUCAACUUUCAGGAUAUUCUAGUUUGAACUGUCUCACGGUUCGUAUUGGAGGAAAUAAAAUUUGAUGGUUCUUGUUGUUGGUAACCCA